AUGGUAUCGGAAUACCGAAUUACCACCUCUCAAUCUCUAGUUCAUAGCAGUGGAAUGGGACAGGUGAACGACACUGCCGACAAUAAUAAAUUUUGUUACUGCGGAGUUGCAGCAAGUCUACGAAGAGUCACUGCUGAUACAUGUAAUAAGGGACGUUUAUUUUGGGGCUGUCAUAAGAUUGGAACAGAUUUUGACAAUAGAUGUAAAUUCUUCGAAUGGGCUAAAGAGAACAUUAUAGAAGAGUCACCCAUUUCUCCUCCUAAAGCGCCUAAAUCUCUUGAAGGACGUAAGAGAGCAGUAGACGAGGAUGAAGCGGAAGAAGGGGGAGCAAGAGAGUGGGGGGAAGAGGCUUGCGUUGCUGCUGAAACACUCAGCCCUCUACCGAAAAGUCGUAGAAUCACCGCUCCCACCGAACUAGUCGAUCUUACAACUCCACCCCGUACACCUCAAAUCACGUCUUCUUCAGACCAACGUACUACGCUCUCUCUUACCUAUCAUUCCCAGACGUCAUUCAACCCUCCCGUAGCAUCGACCUCAUCAGUCCCAACCGAUCUUCUAGCUCAACUACAAGAGGCUCUCCGUCAACGAGAAUUACUUGCUGCUCGAUAUCGCAAGGAGCGUGACGAAGCGCGCGAACGGCUGCAGGAAUUAAAGUUGAGAUCCGAACAGUCGAUGAGAGAAUCCGAGUUAGUGCAACGAGAGAACGGCAUCUUACGGAGAGAGCUUGACGUACGGCAGAGAGAGAAUUCGCUUUUGGAGAGACGAUUGUCGGUGAUUCGCACAGAUAAGAGAUCGAACCAAAGGACGAGAAUAUGA